AUGCUGCGCGAGGCCUGCGCCGUGAUGGGGCGGACGGAGGACGACGUCGGCCGGAUCGUGGCACUCCUGGAGGAGGAGUGGCUCUGCGACCCGCGCACGCUCCAGGGCCUCUCCGACGGCGGGUGGCACCAGCUCCGCAUCCCUUUGGGCCUGAAGGAGGAGCUCCGGCGCCGGGUCUACAGCGCCAAGCACGCGCCAGCUGGCCACGGCAAGGACGGCGCAGAAGCCGGUGCUGCCUUCAGCGCCGCCAUCAGCGCAUCCAAAGGCGCUGCUGCGCCAGCAGCCGCGGGUGCGCAGGGCAAGGUGGAGCCGCCGAAGGAGACCCCCCAGGAGGAGAUCCUGCGGCUUGUGCGGGAAGAGUUCCGCCUCCGUGCCAUGGCCGCCCAGACUGGGUUCAGGCAAGCCGACGGGGGCCUGAGAGGCCUGGCUCAGCGCUUCCUUAGCAUGGAUGACGACAACAACAAAAGGAUCAGCAAGCACGAGUUCAAGAAGGGAAUCAGUGAACUGCGGCUGUCAUUCGAACUAUCGGCGGAGGACUUCGAGAACCUGUGGAGCGCACUCGACGAAGACGGAAGUGGCUUUGCCAGCUUCGACGAGCUCGUGAACUUGUUAGGUCAAACCAUGACACCCCGACGGCGACACGCUAUCAGGUCGUUGUUCCAGAGGCUGGACAGGACGGGAAACGGGAUGAUCCAGCUCGAGGAUAUCAAGCUGCGGUAUCUCGACGGUGGUUGUCGUGAGGAGGACUUGCCCUCGGACAGUGACAUCUUUGCUGGCCUCGAGAACUUUAGGAAAAACAUCGGCGCUGGAACUCCGGGUGUCGUCCGGCUGGCGGACUUCGAGAAGUAUUACGACAGGCUUGGCCGCAACAUCUUCAGCGACGACUACUUCGAGGACAUGCUCACCCGCGCGUGGCGCUUGGAGGAGGGCUGGCUCAAGGAGUUCGGCCCGCCCCCCCGGGUGGCUGCGCAGCCGCCAAGACCGCCGAGGCCGCAGUCGGCGGCAGUGGAGCAGCCCAGGGCGGGGAUGGGGCCACCCCGGCCCAACAGCCGGGCUGGCCCUCCAUCGAGCAGCAGCGCCAGGCUGGGCUUCGGCUGA